CGCGCGCUGGCGGUUUGUCUGUUGUUGUCUCCGGGUCACGUGAGGAGCCUGGGCCGCCGCGGGGAUGAAGCAGUCGGUGCCCGUGCCGGCUUUCCUCACCAAACUGUGGGCCUUAGUGGAGGACCCCCACACGAAUGAGUUCAUCUGCUGGAAUCAGAAUGGCCACGGAUUCCUGGUUCUGGACGAGCAGAGGUUCGCCAAAGAAAUCCUGCCCAAGUAUUUUAAACACAACAACAUGGCUAGUUUUGUGCGGCAGCUCAAUAUGUAUGGCUUUCGUAAAGUACUGAAUGUUGAUGCAGGCAUAGUUAAACAAGAACGUGAUGGGCCUGUAGAAUUUCAACACCCUUAUUUCAAGCAAGGACAGGAUGAGUUAUUGGAAAACAUAAAAAGAAAGGUAUCUUCGAUUAAGCCAGAAGAAGCUAAAAUCCAGCAAGAAGGCUUGAAUGCAAUUUUAUCCAGUGUUCAGGAAAUACAAGGAAAACAAGAAAACCUUGAUUCGAGAUUGACUUCCUUGAAAUGGGAAAAUGAAACACUUUGGAGAGAGAUUGCAGAUCUUAGGCAGAAACAUGCACAGCAACAGCAAGUAAUCCGACAGAUUAUUAAAUUUAUCGUUAGUUUGGUCCAGAAUAACCAAAUUGUUACCUUGAAACGGAAAAGGCCAAUAAUGAUUAAUACCACUGGACCUUCUAAGCCAAAAUAUUUUCAUCAUAUAGUAAAAGAGCCAGAUGAUACAACACACGUACCUGUGCAUGGAUCUAAUGGUGUGAAGCAGUGUGUCAGAACGGUAGAUGACAUUGUUAUUUGUGACAUCACAGACACAUCAGCAGAAAAAACUGAAGAAGAGGAAGUAUCAACAUUUACUGUUAAUGAUGACAUGCCCAGAGUCAUAGAACAGGAAAAUCCUUUGUGUGAAGAAAAUACUAAAAAUCAGGAGCAGCUUGCAUCAUCUGAGAUAAUGGAUGUAUGCAGUACUGACCAUGUUAUGAACACUAUGAUGAAUGAUAAUAUUGAAACAACAAACACUGAAUCAUCAAUUAGUUCUGAAGAUCCUAUUUCCAUGAUGGACUCUAUUUUGAAUGAGAAUGCAGUUAUUUCACAGAACAUAAACCUUCUUGGCAAAAUAGAACUUAUGGAUUAUUUGGACAGCAUUGACUGUAGUUUAGAAGAUUUUCAGGCAACGUUAUCAGGAAAGCCGUUCAAUGUGGAUUCAGAUAUUCUAUCAGAUGUAUCGGGAGCUAAAGAAAACCGUAAUGGAACAGAACCUAAAGUGGAUGAAAGCAAGUCUUCUGAUACUGGAAAGCAGCUGAUGCAAUACAAUAUGUACCCUGUACUAACUUUCUUGGAUGGAAAUGGAUCAUCUAUAUUGGAAAAGGAACACACUACUUCAGGCCUUAAGUGUACAUAUGAAGACAAUCAUCAACAGAGAAAUGAGAUAGAAGGGGAAAAUGAGAAAAAAAAGACAAGUCAACUUUUUAAAUUAGAACCUCUCACAGAAGAAGAAGCAAGUGAAGAAACACUGUUUUAUUUGUGUGAAUUGGCUCCCUCAAAUACUCUAGAUGGUGAAAAUUCUUUACUGGACAGUUAGCCAAUAAGUUAAAGAUUCUUAUCCAUACAUCCAGCUAACUAACUUAAAACUUGAAGCAUUUAAUUUAUACUGUAAGAAUGGUUUGUGUAGUUCAUGUCCUGUAUUAUGUUUCAUGUAAAUAUGUUGUAUUCAAUUUUUUUGCUAAUAUAUACAAAGUACCUUGUUUCCUGUACUCUAAAAAUUCCAUCAGAAUUGCAGCUUUAUGUAUGUCGUGAUCUUUUUUGGAAUAUUGCUGUGACAUUACAUGGCAUUGUUUUUUGUUACAGAUGGCAUGUGUGAAAUUGAAAUCAAUACCUUGCAAUUUUGCAGUGUGUAAAAUGACACAUUUGCCCCCAAACUCGCUUGGGAUAACUGAAAGCACCCCCCUACAUUCCAUGACCAUUAAAAAAAAAACUGUACUAUCCUGUUUUGGAUAAA